AUGGCCACGCCGCAGCCCGGCCGCGCGGGCGGGCCCUCCACGCCGCUGUCGCCCACGCGCCUAUCGCGGCUGCAGGAGAAGGAGGAGCUGCGCGAGCUCAAUGACCGCCUGGCGCACUACAUCGACCGCGUCCGCGCGCUGGAGCUGGAGAACGACCGGCUGCAGCUCAAGAUCUCCGAACGGGAGGAGGUGACCACGCGCGAGGUGAGCGGCAUCAAGACAUUGUACGAGGCGGAGCUGGCCGACGCCCGCCGGGUGCUGGACGAGACGGCCCGGGACCGUGCCUGCCUGCAGAUUGAAAUGGGCAAGCUGAGGGCCGACCUGGAGGAGGCCACCAAGAGCGCCAAGAAGAAGGAGGGCGAGCUCACGGUGGCCCAGGGCCGCGUCAGGGACCUGGAGUCUGUGUUCCACCGAAGCGAGGCUGAGCUAGCGGCUGCACUUAGUGACAAGCGCACCCUAGAGAACGAUGUGGCAGAGCUGCGGGCCCAGCUGGCUAAGGCAGAGGAUGGGCACUCGGUGGCUAAGAAGCAGCUGGAGAAGGAGACACUGAUGCGCGUGGACCUGGAGAACCGCUGCCAGAGCCUGCAGGAGGAGCUGGCCUUCCGCAAGGAUGUCUUUGAGGAGGAAGUGCGUGAGACGCGGCGGCGGCAUGAGCGCCGCCUGGUGGAGGUGGACAGCAGCCGGCAGCAGGAGUAUGACUUCAAGAUGGCCCAGGCGCUGGAGGAACUGCGCGCCCAGCACGACGAGCAAGUGCGGCUGUACCGUCUGGAGCUGGAGCAGACCUACCAAGCCAAGCUGGACAACGCCAAGCUGAGCUCUGACCAGAAUGACAAGGCUGCCAGCGCCGCCCGGGAAGAGCUGAAGGAGGCCCGCAUGCGGGUCGAAUCCCUCAGCUACCAGCUCUCCGGCCUCCAGAAGCAGGCGAGCGCGGCCGAGGACCGGAUCCGUGAACUAGAGGAGACCGUGGCUGGGGAGCGGGACAAGUUCCGGAAGAUGCUGGACGCCAAAGAGCGAGAGAUGAUGGAGAUGCGGGACAUGAUGCAGCAGCAGCUGGCCGAGUACCAGGAGCUGCUGGACGUCAAGCUGGCCUUGGACAUGGAGAUCAGCGCCUACCGAAAGCUGCUGGAGGGAGAGGAGGAGAGGCUGAAGCUGUCCCCCAGCCCAUCGUCGCGGAUCACCAUCUCACGGGCCACAACGAGCAGCGGCAGCAGCGUGUCCACACCCGGUCGCCCGGGCCGCAGCAAGCGGAAGCGGCUGGAGGUGGAGGAGCCUCUGGGCACGGGCUCCAGUGGCCUCGGCUCCAGCAGCAGUACCAGCAGCAGCGGCAGAUUCCACCUGGCGCAGCAGGCCUCAGCCUCAGGCAGCGUCAGCAUUGAGGAGAUCGAUCUGGAGGGCAGGUUCGUGCAACUGAAGAACAGCUCUGACAAGGAUCAGUCUCUGGGCAACUGGAGGAUCAAGAGGCAGGUCCUGGAAGGGGAGGAGAUUUCCUACAAGUUCACCCCCAAGUAUGUGCUGCGGGCCGGCCAGACUGUCACGGUGUGGGCAGCUGGAGCUGGGGUGGCUCACAGCCCCCCAUCCACACUCGUGUGGAAAAGCCAGAACAGCUGGGGCACCGGUGAGAGCUUCCGGACCACCCUGGUCAACGCUGAUGGGGAGGAAGUGGCCAUGAGAACCGUGAAGCAGUCUUCGGUGGUGCGGGAGACCGAGAAUGGGGAGGAGGGCGAGGACGAGGCAGCUGAGUUUGGAGAGGAGGAUCUUUUCCACCAGCAGGGGGACCCGAGGACCACCUCUCGAGGCUGCCGCGUCAUGUGA